CUCCAAGCUGUGGGUUAGUUAGAAUAAGAAAGGCGGGUGAUGACAUCUUCACACCCCUGGCUCCAGCAGUGAGGAACUGACUCAAUGCUAAAUUGCUCUUUCGCAAAAAAUAAACCUAUUCAAUAAAAGAACAUCUCUAUGGCGGCACCUGAGGGUCUGGCAAUAUUGGACGCGUGAAGAGACCUUUCAUAUUUCGGGAGAAAAGAUGGGAUGUAACUGCAGUUCGGAUUAUUCGGACAGCGACUGGAUUGAGAACUUGGAUGAAAUCUGUGAACAUUGCAACUGUCCCAUACCUCCCCAGUCAUGCAACCCGUACACAGAUCAGCUGAUUCCUUACCAUUCGCAACAUUCACCACCUACAUCACCUUUACCAGACAAACUUGUGGUGGCCAUAUACAGCUAUGAACCCAACCAUGAUGGUGACCUGGGCUUUGAGAAGGGAGAAAAACUCAAGAUCAUCAACAAGGAUGAUCCAGAGUGGUAUCUGGCAGAGUCACUCACCACCGGCCAGCAGGGCUACAUCCCGCACAACUUUGUUGGUAUGACCAGAGUGGAGACGGAACCGUGGUUCAUCAAGAACAUCUCGAGAAACGAAGCCAUGAGACUUCUCCUCGCUCCCGGGAACACGCAAGGCUCCUACCUGAUUCGCGAGAGCGAGACAACCCCAGGGUCAUACUCCUUAUCGAUCAGGGACCUGGACCACAACACGGGUGAAGGAGUCAAGCACUACAGGAUCCGCAACAUGGACAACGGUGGCUUCUACAUCACAACUCGGAUCUCCUUUAACUCGCUGAAGGAGCUCAUCCAGCAUCACUCACGCGAUGCCGAUGGGUUGUGCACAAAACUGGUGAAGCCGUGUCAGUCGAGGGCGCCGCAGAAGCCCUGGUGGCAGGACGAAUGGGAGAUCCCUCGUGAGUCGCUGAAGCUGGAGCAGAAGCUCGGAGCGGGGCAGUUUGGAGAAGUCUGGAUGGGCGUCUACAAUAAUGACAGGAGAGUGGCAAUAAAGAACCUGAAGAUAGGCACGAUGUCGGUCGAAGCCUUCCUGGCCGAGGCCAACAUGAUGAAGAACCUGCAACAUCCUCGCCUCGUCCGUCUCUUCGCUGUGGUUACCCAGGAGCCGAUCUAUAUUGUGACGGAGUACAUGGAGAACGGGAGCCUCGUGGAUUACCUCAAAACCACAGAGGGAAGCAUUUUGCCCAUGAACACUCUGAUAGACAUGGCAUCUCAGGUGGCUGAUGGCAUGGCCUUUAUUGAGGGGAAAAAUUACAUUCAUAGAGACCUGCGAGCCGCCAACAUUCUGGUGUCUCAAGAGCUCAUCUGUAAGAUUGCCGACUUUGGACUUGCACGGCUCAUUGAGGACAACGAGUACACAGCCAGAGAGGGUGCAAAGUUUCCUAUCAAGUGGACUGCCCCUGAAGCUAUCAACUACGGCACCUUCUCCAUAAAAUCCGAUGUGUGGUCCUUCGGGAUCCUCCUCACAGAGAUAGUGACAUAUGGACGCAUACCUUACCCUGGGAUGUCCAACCCAGAGGUAAUCCAGAACCUGGAGCGGGGCUACAGGAUGCCAAAGCCAGAGAACUGUCCGGAGGGACUCUAUCAAGUCAUGGGGAUGUGCUGGAAGGAAAACCAAGACGACAGACCCACCUUCGAGUACCUACGGGGCCUCCUGGAGGAUUUCUUCACUGCCACAGAAAGACAGUACCAGGAAUAACCCCGAUGAGGCAGAAAGAUAAAGAGACAUACAAUAAAUAUACUCAAACUAAAGUUGCAGCCUUGGGGGUGGAUGCUGGAUUGGAUUUUUGCUUUGUUCAACAAAGAGUACAUACCUUUAUACUGAUAGAGUACAAACUGAGACUUUGAAUAAAUGUGAUUUGUUUCUGUUUUUGACUCGUUCUGAAGUGCCCACAUAAUUCCAUGUGAACCAUGAACUGGAAACUCUUGGGACAGCGCUGGAUUACCAAGAAGACAAUGAGAAGCCAACGAGAAAGAAGAGAGAUAGUGAUCACCGCACUGCCUGAAGAAACUGGGGACUGGCCAAUGUGACUGAAUAAGUAGCUGCAAUCCUGGCACUCAGUAUCAUGAUGUAAAUAUUGUCAAAAUCAGCUUCAGCUGGGUUUUACAUUUAAAGCCUAAUAAAUGUUUUUGAAUUGUUUUACUCACA